CAAGUGUUCGACGAAAAUGAAGAUAACUGGAUAAGUCAUAGAAAGUUUAUUGUUUUCUGAAUGGCCAUGAUCCAGGGUUACAAAUAUUUAAAUAAGUUCCUACUUUUUUCUUAAUGAUUUCACAUCGUUUUCAAAGAUAAUUUUGUUUUUGUAUCUGGGUUUGUUCUUGCACGUAGGAUAAGAUCAUAUACAAUUGUUUAUCACAUUCCUCUCAUGAUAACAGAUAGACUUAGUUGACUACUUUUAAGGUUGAUGCUAAUUAGUUUUAUCUGAGGUUGAGCUGGCUAUCUUAUUUUUCUAAUCCUAGGUUUGGCAUUGACUUGAUGGAAGUAUAUUCGCUUAUAAUGGUCUCUUGAUGUGUAUGUUUUUAAUCGAUUUCUUAAAAGAACAGAUCUUUUGACCUUUUUUACUGUGCAUUGACAUGUUCUUGAGUUUGGUUCAUCUGUGUUGAUGAUUAAUCAUGUCAUGUUCAAAUAACUAAUCGUGGUUGUGAAUAAACUUGUUCUGUGGAAAAUAUCAGUGUUACAUGGACUUUUUGAUUGUGAUUUCUUAUUUUUGAAGUCUAUAAAGUUUGACUCUGCUUGUUCACCCAUUGGCUUGAGGAAAAAAUAAGUCUUCUCUUUGAUAUACUUGAGUUCCUUUGUGAUUAUCAUAAGCUGUCUUACAAUUUAGGAUGAGUAUCAAACAUGUCUUCCUCAUUUUUCUAAUCUGUUAUAAGCAAUCAAUACAGAGAUAUGAUCUGUUUACUCUUAGGGUCAACUAUAUGGUGACUUUUAUGGUUGUUUAUCAAAAAAUUUAAUUCCUGUGAUAGCUUGGAUCACGCUCUCAAAUGAUUUCAUUCUUAUAAUCAAGGUUUAGUCAUUGACUUGCUGAUAAAUAUACAUAUCAGUUGCACCAAUUUUGUCUCUUGAGCUAAUUGUUGUUUCUGCCUGCAAAUGGCCAACUCAAUUCUGUUAUUUUCCUUUGUUUUGGUUCUCCCUUUUGUCUGUUCAGUUCAAUUUAACAUAUCUCGUUUUGGAUCAGAUGUUUCUGAAAUAGCAUACCAAGGAGAUGCAAGAGCAAAUGGGGCUGUUGAGCUUACCAACAUUGACUACACAUGCCGUGCCGGUUGGGCUACUUAUGGUAAGCAGGUUCCUUUAUGGAAUCCAGGUACCAGUAAGCCUUCGGAUUUUAGUACGCGUUUCUCCUUCAGAAUUGAUACCCGUAAUGUUGGGUAUGGUAAUUACGGUCAUGGGUUUGCUUUCUUUCUAGCUCCAGCGAGAAUCCAAUUGCCUCCCAACUCAGCUGGUGGUUUCUUGGGUCUAUUCAAUGGAACCAAUAAUCAGUCUUCUGCUUUCCCACUUGUUUAUGUCGAGUUCGACACAUUUACUAAUCCAGAAUGGGAUCCUCUCGAUGUCAAAUCCCAUGUAGGAAUCAACAACAACUCUCUUGUUUCUUCUAACUACACUUCUUGGAAUGCAACGUCACACAACCAAGAUAUAGGCCGUGUCCUGAUAUUCUAUGAUUCCGCUAGAAGAAACUUGAGUGUCUCUUGGACUUACGACUUAACAUCUGAUCCUCUGGAGAAUUCAAGCCUAUCUUACAUCAUUGAUCUCUCAAAGGUACUGCCAUCAGAAGUUACAAUUGGGUUUUCUGCGACAUCUGGAGGGGUCACCGAGGGAAAUAGACUUCUGUCAUGGGAGUUCAGUUCAAGCCUGGAGCUAAUAGAUAUAAAGAAAAGUCAGAAUGACAAGAAGGGGAUGAUAAUUGGUAUUUCAGUUUCUGGGUUCGUUUUGCUGACCUUUUUUAUUACCUCGCUCAUCGUCUUCUUGAAACGGAAGCAGCAGAAGAAGAAAGCAGAGGAGACAGAAAACUUAACAUCGAUAAAUGAAGAUCUCGAAAGAGGAGCAGGACCAAGAAAGUUUACUUAUAAAGAUCUUGCAUCAGCUGCAAACAAUUUCGCAGAUGAUAGGAAGCUAGGGGAAGGAGGGUUUGGAGCGGUUUAUAGAGGGUACUUAAACAGCUUAGAUAUGAUGGUUGCGAUAAAGAAGUUUGCGGGUGGGUCUAAGCAGGGAAAAAGAGAGUUCGUAACCGAAGUAAAGAUAAUCAGCAGUUUGAGACAUCGAAACCUUGUGCAACUCAUUGGUUGGUGCCAUGAGAAAGAUGAGUUUCUAAUGAUAUACGAGUUCAUGCCAAAUGGUAGCCUUGACGCCCAUCUAUUUGGUAAAAAGCCGCAUCUCGCUUGGCAUGUGAGAUGCAAAAUAACUCUCGGUCUCGCCUCUGCACUGCUUUAUCUUCACGAGGAGUGGGAGCAGUGUGUUGUACACAGAGACAUCAAGGCGAGUAAUGUGAUGCUCGACUCCAAUUUCAAUGCCAAGCUUGGUGAUUUCGGGUUGGCUAGAUUGAUGGACCACGAGCUAGGUCCACAGACUACAGGGUUAGCAGGAACAUUUGGUUACAUGGCUCCUGAAUACAUAAGCACCGGAAGGGCGAGCAAAGAAUCUGAUGUGUAUAGCUUUGGAGUGGUUACAUUAGAGAUUGUUACAGGAAGAAAAUCUGUGGAUCGAAGACAAGGAAGAGUAGAGCCUGUAACAAACCUUGUAGAGAAAAUGUGGGACCUUUAUGGAAAAGGAGAAGUUAUUACAGCUAUCGACGAGAAACUCAGGAUCGGUGGUUUCGAUGAGAAACAAGCAGAAUGUCUCAUGAUUGUAGGAUUAUGGUGUGCUCAUCCUGAUGUAAACACGAGGCCUUCAAUAAAACAAGCAAUCCAAGUCUUGAAUCUUGAAGCACCAGUGCCUCAUCUUCCGACCAAAAUGCCUGUCGCAACAUAUCAUGUAUCCUCUUCGAAUACUACAUCGGUAAGCUCUGGUGGAGCUACGGUAACGUUUUCAAGUGCUCAACAUGGUCGUUGAGCAGAUCCCUUGUUGCUGUGUGUAAUAUAGCCUUUUUCUUACUCUUGUUUCUUGUGUGUGCGUGUGUGUGUUUCACUGUUUGUACUCGGUCCUUGUGCUAAAAAAUGACAAGGUCUUAUUUUCAGUUUUUCUGGUGUCUCGACUCUUUUGGGCU